AAAUAUAAAAAAAUGUUUAAUAAAAUUAAUUAAUGUGUUCGCACCAAUUUAAUUAUAUAUAUAAUAGUUAAUCAAUUUUAAAUUAUUUAAUAUAUAUUUAUUAUUUCAUAAUAUAAUACGUUAAAUAAUUUAUGUAUAAUGUUCAUUACAGUCAUGGUGCAUGUUUUAACCUAGUAAAAUUAUAAGAUAAUGAUUUAUAUGUUCUGUACAAAUAGUAUCAACUAUUAAAACUAGAAUGAUAAAGGCUUGCAACUCACGUUCUUAAACAAAACGGUCCCCAUAGUUUACAAUAUUUUCACGUUAGACACCAAACUCUUGUAAUCCAUUGUUUUAGUUCUUUCUUCAUUUUACCAUUAUGUUUAUUAGUCCUAGAAUUUUGGUAUAUAGUCUAUAAAAUAUAGGGAAACUGAGAGCAAUAUAUCCCAUCUAGAAAACCAGAAUAAAAAUAAAAAAUGCGAUGCCGCGGCUAAAACCACUUGUCGGCGACGACGGUGGGGACGAAGAACCGAAGGCUAUAGGCACUCCGUACCGUACGCGCUUUUUCUUUUUGGUCAGACCGUACGCGUUUUUUUUUUAUCAGACGGUGCGUUGUUUAUCAAACAAUUAUAUUUUACGUCUCAAUCAAUAUAUCCUGCAAUAUCGUAUAUGAGAAUAUAAAAACAAAUUCGUUGAAAUGUCUAUAAUAAUUGUUAUAAAUCUUUAUCUGGUGUAUAAAUAUAAAUAUAAUUUAUAUAUAUCCAUAGUCGAAGCAUACCCCCCUUAUAUUUUUUAUAAAGGGUUUGAGCAUAUCCCCUUAUAUGCAUAAUAUUAUAUUUAUCGGGUAUGUGCAAGAAUUUUUUUUAUGAAAAUUUAACAGAAUCAAUCUAUAUAAAGUCAUCUAUUCAUUUCAAAUUAGUAUUUUAAAAUGAUAAUUAAUGAGAUAUUGCCAACCCUAGCAACAACCAUCCAUGAACCUUAGUUUUCAGGUUGCAGGUAGAGAGAUAUUGACUUCCCAAAAACGAAACUAAAAGAUAGACAAUUCCACCAAAACGUCGCGUGGCCCGCCACCUCUUUCUACGAUUCGCAAUCAUAUAAAGUAGUGCACUAUAUUCCCUCGUAAACUAUACAGGUUGACGAAUGCGUACAUAACUCAUGCGUGUCUAUGUAGAGAAUAGGUCAAUUUCGAGUCUCUAAGUCCAUUUUUAAAAGCGUGUUAUAAUUUCGACGAAAGGUCCAAUGGUUCUAAUUGAGGUUCGGUUCCUUUUUGACGUCAGAGGAGUUUGAAUUCCACUUCCUUUUUCGUUCUUUUAAAGCGUACGUUUGAAAAUUCGGUUUGGGGAAAUUUUAAAAACUAUAUAAGAGAGUUGAUCGAAAGAACGUGGCAAAUCACGGUUCGGAGUGUAAUAUGGUCUAGACCAACACAUAACGUCAGAAUGGGGAUUCUUUCACUAUACUAUAUAACUAAUAAUUUAUAACUUGUUUGAUUGUGUACACUCUUUUUUUUUUUAAGUCCAUCAUCUUAGGUACGUUACCAUCUUAAAAUGCUAUUGUUGUAGUUUUCCACGGUAGUAAAAUUGUCUCUAAUUAGUUUAUUCGUUUCUUAUACAGCAACGUUUUUCUAUUAGUUUUGAACUGAUUUGCAUCAAAUUAUAUAUCUGUCUAAGAAUAUUAAGAAUACACGUCAAGAUUUCUGUGACAUUAUAUGAUAAUAUUUACAACCAGAAGGUCCGGAAGAAUUCAUAUCAAAACUCUAUUAAAUAAGUUAAGAGAUUAGGAUUAAGCCUAAUUAAAUUACGGAAUUGUACGUACACAAAGACAUUGUCAUUGUCAGUUAACGAUUAUACUGAACGUUUUUUUAUAAAUUGUUUUCUUUAAAUAGUAAAUUGACUCAUUCUCUUUCUAUAUACAAGAUAUCAGACUUAAUUAUACAGGAUUCAUGAUGGGUUAAAAAUCUUCUAAACGUUGCACUAGGUGUUUUAAAUCGGAUCCAACACUGUUACACUGAAAUAACAUGAUAGUAUGCGAGAGAAUAUCUAUUUUAACUCAGUAGUGUUUGCAUGACAUAGUCAAUAGAACAAUCCAGUUCAGGAGUACAGAGCUGUAGUUAUUAAAACCACUAGCUUGUGAGGAUUAUAAUAAUUGUGUUUAUUAGCACUGAUGGAACUCUAACGGUUACCAAACUAAGUGGGUUAAAGUAUUAAAAAAAACAGUUUAACCCAAAGUCACAAACAAUAUUUUAUAUAGAGGAGUUUUAGGCUUUUUAAAUAGUCUAUAUAUGUUUGAUGUCAAAAAAAAAUGUCUAUAUAUGUUUAUAAUAAAACUUCUAAGGCGUGUCUAAUUUAGUGACACCAAUACAUUAAAAUUAGGCUCACUUAGGAUUUUUUUUUAAACCCACACUACAGAUUAGAAUCGAAGUAAAUAAAACAUGGCUUACUUCGGAGAAACAAUUCUAAUAAAUUAUUUCGGAGAAACAAUCUAAUAAAAAUGGAAGUAGUCAUGUGUUAAUGCAUUUGGUAUUUGUAAAGUAGUAUAUAAAAAUUUUAGCGGUAUGGGUAUCGUUUAAUGGAGGGAUCUAUAGAAAAGGACGUAGGAAGAGGACAAAUAAAUUUGGGAAAUCAAGCAACGUUCGAAUUUAUCCUAAACGUCUUUUCACUUUUAAAACACUCGAAAACUUACAUAACACUGUUAUUGUUAUAUAUAUUGUUUUUCAUAUAAUUAGCUAAAAAUAGCGCAACUAGGAAAAAUAAAAAGUGGAGAAAAAGAGUGAAAAAGAAAAUGAGAGAAAAGCAAACAUCAUAAUAAAACUUUUACUAUAGCUGAAAGAGAAGAAAAAAAAUAUUCUAAGAAUCACAAAAAGACAAAAGAAUUUACUCUACCCCAGCGUAAUUAUUUUCAUUUUGAUUGGAUUGAUGCCAGCGUAACUUGGCGAAAAUUAACUUUUACUUCAGUCACACCCAUAUGUUUUAUAGUAAUUUAUUCCGAAAGCCCCUUGUUUGCCAUAACUUCUGCAUUGUGUACCAGAUUAUUGAUCGUUUGGUUUUGCUUAGUGGUUCGAAAAACUUGGUUUGUUUAAAGGGUAUAAAUCAUACACUUUACUUUCGGAACUGUAUAAUCAUUCACGUAAUCCCUAGCGUAUAGUGGUUUCAUUUUUCUACUUUGUUAUUAGAAAGUAUAAAACAAAUAUGCGAUGUUUGGAGCCACUGAUGUUUGCAUCACCACAAAUGUAACUUAAUUGUCUCUCUGUUUUUCCUUUUUUUGCCAGAGAAGCAAUUUUAGAUUAGUGUUUCUACUCUUGUAAAAACUCUUUUAUUUCAUUUAUGAUAUUAACAUCCUUAGCAAAAAACAAAACAAAUAUGCGAUGAACAGUGUGAUAGGUUAACUAAUUGUUGGAUAUAUAAAGUAACAAAUUAUCAAUUUCCGAAUUUAUUUAAAAUGCAUUCUAGGAAUUUAACAUUUUAAAUAAGGAGAAAAUGACUGCGUGAUAGACACACAUGCUAUUUUUAAUGUAUAUUAUUAAUAGAGCUGGUCAGUAUCUACAUAGAUUAGUUUAUUAGGUAUUGGUUAAAACUAAAGCCUAUAAAAAGAAAGUUGACGAAAAUAUAUCCAGUAUGACGCAUUAAAAUCCUUACUUAUUUGUAUGACUGUGAAAAUUACACUUCUUGAAUGCAUUUUUCUUAUUACAGACUUACAGUGCAGUGUUGCUAAUUUACAGUGUAAAUGGUUAAAUAAAAAACUUUAAAUAAAAAACUAAAAUACGACUACGACAGUUUUCACAAAUUUCCUAUUCUAUACACAAAAAUGAAAUUUAAAUAAUACUACUUACUUAACUAUUCCGUGAAACAAUUAAGUUAUACCAACCUAGCUCACUUUCUGAUAUAAUACUUUUUUUUUUGUUUUUGAGAAAAUCUGAUAGUGAUACAAUACUUUGAGGUAAAAACAACUUCAAGUUAAUACGUAUUACAAAAUUGGUUUAGUUGCCAUAAAAGUUAAAGAACUUUUCAUAUAUAAGAGUACGUAGCAUAAGCAUACCAAAACUUAUAUGUUGAUAGAAUGAUAGCGAUGCAAACUUUUUCAUAUGAGUAGCAUAGGCAAACUAGUUAGUGAUAAUUCACCGAAAAAUAAAAGUUAGUGAUGACUAAUGGAUUUUUUUUUCAAAAUUUGCACUAUGUUUGGUAAAAUUCAAGUGAUACAUAGUUUAAAACCUAUUUAUUUACUGAAGUUUUUAAAGAAAAUAAAAUUAAUUUUCUUUAGUUUUAAACAUUUUUUAAAAUUUGCUUUAAAGGUUUUAAUUGAUUUUUUUUCAUUACUAGAGGAUCCUACAAAACAAUACUAGUCUCAAGCUCGUCAUUUUCAGAAAUUUAUAAUAAUAUAUUAAACUUAUGCUGGAAUUAAUUUUUUCACAUACAAAUAAUAUAAUUUUUCUUGAAUAUUGACCUUAUAAUACAAAAUAUUAAUAUAGUUAAUUUAUAUAGGUUACCAGGAUAAUAUUUACUGAAAGAAGAUAUUUAUUUGCUAACAAAAAAAAGAUAGAUAUUUAUUAAUUAUGAAAGAUUUCAGUUUAAAUAAAAACGGUUUGAUAGUUGAAAAAAGCUAAAGCAAAAAUAAAUUUAACAAAAUUAACUACGGUUAUUUUCAACGACAAUACAGGAUUAAUACUCACAACUAAUUAAUGUGCAAAUCCCUUGUUUCUAAAUUCUACUCUAGUUAGGCCAAUACAAUAAAAUAUUAACCAAUAAUAACAAAACAGAUGAUACCGUAUUUUGUUAAUUAUAAAUGUAAUUAUCAACUACGUCUAAAGUUUAUCAACAGUUUUUUUUUAGAAAAGAAGACAAAAUCAGAUAAUCUCUCGAGAUUAUAUAUUUCGUAGGUUACAGUAAUAAAGUAAGUAGGAAAAUAUUAAAAAAAUCUGAAUAUUUGUUGAAAGAAAAUUCGUAGUUGUACACUAAAUGAUUUUAAUAACGAACCUUUUUUACAUGUGAAAUAAACAAAAGUCCAAAAAAAAAAAAAUUAAAAAAGUUGGAAGAAAAAGAGUUUUAAUUUCCACAACUUUUCCAACUCUUUUGUUCCCCUUGACAAAGGACAAAUACAUACAAUGACAUAAUAGCCCCGCGUAUAAUACAUUCAUUCAGACGUGUAUAAAACGGAGGAAGAAGAAAUGAGAGAGAGAGAGAGAGAGAUUGUUUGUCUGCUCGCCCGCCUGAGAUCAUAAGAAAGAAAGAAAGAAGAUUCAUUGUUUCUCUAAAUUCCCCUGUUUUCUCGGCCAUAUGUCAGUCGGCGUUCCGGUGAAUACGUCGAGCAGCAGCCAGUUAGCGGCGGCGACAACAAGACGUCGCGUGGCUGAUUCUCAGGAAGAUCAUUGCAACGUCAGCAGCGUAGGAGGAGGAGGAAACGCAGUCGUUUACGUCCCCGACGAGGAAGAAGAAGCCACUAGCUGCAGCAGCCUCUCCGACGGCGGAGGAAUAUCAUCGUGCUGUCCGAGUGGAUCCCACAACAAUUACCUCGUGGGGUUUCUGUCUCUGCGCAGAGUCAGGCUGGUGUGGAUGCUCAUGGUGGACAACAAAUCCCAGUGGACGGCUAAGAACAUGAGAUCCGCCUCGAAUCUCGGCCGUGUGAUUCUAUCCUUAUUAGGAAUCCUCGUCGUCACUUUCUUCCUUAUUGUUGCUUUCUCCGGUGGACGACGGCAACACGAGUUUGUGUUUUCGAUUCAUCCCAGAAAUAGCAUUGAGAAAAUCAUCCGAGAAGAAGAAUCUUCCUCCAGUUCCAUUCAACUCCUCCUUCCCCGACGAAAGCCGAUCCCAGAGAUAUGGAAUCAACCGGACACUGGUAACUAUCACAAAUGCUUAACUCGUCCUAAGAACCAAAGACCAAUCAAGCAAACCAAUGGUUACCUUGUUGUUCACGCCAACGGUGGUCUGAAUCAAAUGAGAACUGGUAUAUGCGAUAUGGUCGCAAUAGCCAAAAUCAUGAACGCUAGUCUUGUUCUUCCUUUCCUUGACCAUUCAUCUUUCUGGAGUGAUCCAAGCACGUUUAAGGACAUUUUCGACUGGAGACAUUUCAUCAACGUAUUAGCAGAAGAUGUCAAUAUUGUCGAGUACUUACCGCAAGAACUUGCUUCCAUUAAGCCUCUUGAAAAGAAUCCUGUGUCCUGGUCCAAGGCGAGUUACUACAGAAACUCAAUCUCAAAGCUACUGAAGAAGCAUAAGGUGAUCGUGUUCAAUCACACUGACUCUCGCCUAGCCAAUAACAGCCCGCCUCCUUCCAUCCAGCGGCUUAGAUGUCGGGCCAACUACGAAGCUCUUCGUUACUCUCCAGAGAUAGAUAAUCUAAGUAAAGUUCUCACUUCAAGACUUAGAGAAAACAAUGAACCCUACCUUGCUCUUCACUUGAGGUACGAGAAAGAUAUGUUGGCCUUCACCGGAUGCAAUCACAGUCUAACCUCUGAGGAAUCGAUCGCUCUUGAGAAGAUGAGGUAUAGUAUUCCUCACUGGAAAGAAAAAGUGAUCAACGGUACAGAACGUCGUCUUGAAGGUAACUGCCCAAUGACGCCGCGCGAAGCUGCCGUAUUCCUCAAGGCAGUGGGGUUUCCUUCGAGCACGAAGAUCUACAUUGUUGCAGGGGAGAUCUACGGGGAAAACAGUAUGACUGCAUUCCACCAAGAGUUCCCAAACGUUUUCUCUCACUCCACAUUGGCUACGGAGGAAGAGCUUUCGACUAUAAAGCCUUACCAGAACAGAUUGGCUGCUCUUGAUUACAAUGUAGCACUCGAAAGCGACGUUUUCGCUUAUACUUAUGAUGGAAACAUGGCCAAAGCGGUUCAGGGUCACCGAAGAUUCGAAGGUUUUAGAAAAACGAUUAAUCCCGACAGGCAAAGAUUAGUGAAACUGAUUGAUAGGCUCGAUGCGGGGCUCAUGUCUUGGGAAGACUUUUCGUCCAAGGUGAAGAGAUUACAUGGGAAAAGAAUAGGAGCACCGUACGUUAGACGGGCAGGGUUGAGUCCAAAGUUGGAGGAGAAUUUUUAUGCAAACCCUCUUCCUGGUUGCUUGUGUGACACUUCUUCUGAUGAACCACGACAACCCCGUGGUAUGAACCGGCUUGAAAGAUCAAGUCUAAGAGCACAGUCUCUCAGAUAAUCAGAGACGCACACACACACACACAUACGGGGAAAUCACAUGACUUUUGUUCUUUUUUUGGUUUUUUUUCAUGUAAUUAGGUUUAUAGAAAGAUAUUAGAUAUACAGACAUAAUUUGUGGACGCAGAUACGAAAUAAAAAAAAUACGAAUCAUUGCUCAUACAAACAAAUAAGAAUCUAAAGUCUGAUAAAAAUCCAUAAACUGAGGAAGAGGGCCCACUGGAGACAAUACACAUUCCAUUGUUACUCUUUCUUCUCAGUCACGACACAGAGUAAAGAUGUCUGAAAGUGGCAACUGAUUAUAAAUGCAUUUUUGUUGAAUUCACGAGAAACCAGUUGCUUUCUUUUUUAGGACAAACCACCUCCAGAGCUUCAAAUCUCCAAACAGAGCAAUAUUCUUGUCUAAGCUCACAAACCCCAUUAAAGGAGAAAAGAGGAACAUCCAUCUGCAUCAGCCUUAGUUUCGUAAAUCUUGAAGCUUAAAAGGAAGAGGAAAGCCAAGGCUUUGAAGAGCACCACCAUAGCUGCUGAAACUGAGAUGGAGCUUUGAGUAAGCUCUCUCUGAAAGGAGCUCUUUUUCCUUCGGAAUUGAAUUUAUAGGAUUUGUGAUUGUAUAACGUGUGAUGAAAGGAAAAGCAGAUGGAAGAAAUUAAAUAAAUAGAAUUUAAAGUCAUCUUCUUCUUCAGUUCUUCUUGGAGAGGAACCUUGUUGUUUUGUUUCCCUCUCUCUCUCUCUCUCUUGGUAGUUUGCUAAGCUGAGUAAUGUAAAAAUUCAAUUAAUGUGUGUACCCCCACCCCCACUACUUUAUCUCCUCUCUUCCGUAACCCCAUGUUCUAGAAUGUGACAUUUAGGCCCACUCCUCUAUUAAAAAAGGAAUUUAAACGAUUAGCUAUUAUCUAAUUGAUCGGUGAUCAUGUAUUAACAAAUUGCCAAAUCGUAUAACUAGACAAUAAAAAGAGAGAUAAAGAUGUUCAUUUUAGUUUUUUUUUUCUUUCACAUUUCUAUAUAACUCAUUUCUUUGGACAAAUCUAUAUAACUAAUUAAUACCACUAAUCACUUGAGAAACAUUUCAGUAUGCAUGCAUGUGCAUGGACAGGGCCGUCUCAAAUUAUAUUAAGGCCCUGUUCAAAAACAAAAUUAACUAUAUAUUUAACAAUGUAAUGAAAUAAUUUUAAAAGUUAAUAAUUUUAUCUAUAUAUAUUUGAUGUUUUUCUUUUAAUUAUAGAUAAUAAAUUUAAGAAUACAUUAAAAUUUUAAAAUUUCAAACCAAAUUUAUAUAUUUAUUUUAGAAAUUUUCUUAAGUAUUUUUUUAUUUUUAAGUUCGGGCUCUGUUCGACCGUUCCACUAGCACAUGCUAUUAGACGGUCCUGGUGCAUGGAUAUGUUCCAUUGUCAGCUGCCACAAUUGGCGUCUGGUAUAAUAAAUAAUUUUUUUAUUGUUUGAAAUGGCCAGCCUACGGCUACGUGAAUAGCUUGCUUGAUUUACGUCUAUGCUCCCCGGAGGCACCAAUGAACUACAAAUAUCUUAAUAGUUAAUACCGAUUUGAUAUCGCUCCCUUCAACUAACUAGUCCUCAUUAUGUCUAAGUCUAAUCACAUGUACAAUGUGUAAUAAAGACUUACAAAUAAAGUUUGCCAAAGCCAUAUCUCUGAGUGUGAAAGGAAUAAGGAAUGUGAAAUUUGAAAUGUGAAAUUUGUUGUACAUCUAUGUUAUUAGUUUUCAAGUACAAAAAAAAACAGCAUUUAAAUUUGACAGCAAUAAAAAUUCGAAAUAAUGUUGUUGAUUCGAGUCACAUCAUGGCAUUAACUUCUUCUUCUUCUUCUUCUUUUUUUUUUUUGGAAGGCAACUAACGCUAUACGACAUUAAUGGAGUACUAUUUGUUUGCUUAUAAUAGUAGUAUUUUUCUACAGUAUGUUUUAACAGCAUGUUUCGUGUUUACAAUGCUGAUACUCAUUAAAUCUGAUAAUGCUAUUAAUACUAUAAAGACAAUAACUACUGACUAUACAAGUAGCUAGUGGUGUUAAAAUAGCCAACAACCACAAUUAUCGUUUUAUAUAUUUAAAUAAAAAGCACCGCCUCAACCUUUGUAUCUUCUUCUUCUUUUCUUCUCCAUCCAUCACCUAAUUUCUUAUAAACAUCCUUUGUUUUCACACUCCUCUUUUUUUCCUUCUCUUCUUCCUCGUUUAUAUCAAUGGUGAUCAAAUACAAUCGAUGAGUAAUUUUCUGUUUAUGGAGAUAGAGAAACCGGGACACGUGUUGUAAACGAAAAGUAGUGGAGGAGCAUUAAGUAUAGCCAAUAAACGAGCUACUGAGCUGUUUGAGGUGCUUCAUCUCUGCAACAGAGAGAGAAUAGAGAGAGAGAGAGAGAGAGAGAGAGAGCAAUAACUCUGUUCUCGAUUUGACCCACAACAACACAUUCAAGACACAAAGAUCCAAGAACCCUCCCACAUGGCCUUAUAUUCAUACACAUCUUCUUUUUGUUAAACGAUCGCUCUCUCUUUUCAAAAAAAGAAGAAGAAACUUUCUUUGUUGUCUGUCACUGAAGAAGAAGAAAGAUGAAGGAAUCAAGAUUUGUCUUCACUUUGGCUGUCAUAGUCCUCUGUGUCUCACUAGUUUCUUCUGAAAUGGAGUUGGGUUUGGAGGAUUACAAUAUUCGGGUAGAUCCAACUCCGACAACAAAACACUCGGUUAGAGGAGGUCCUAUUGAGCAUGGAAGCCCUCUCAAUCCUUAUAUUCCCAAGCUUCCUCCUCCUCCUCCUCCACAACCUCAAGACGCUCAUUGAAUGCCUAAUCUUUUCUCUGUAAUCCACGUGAAGAAAAGAAAAAUGAAUGCCUGCCUAAUCUUUUCUCUGUGAUGUUGAUUUUCAUGAUCUACGUACUGUUUCUUAGAAUUUCCCACGGCUUUUUACUGGUUUGGUUUUAAUAUCUCUGCUUCAGACAGUAUCACGUUGUAGUAACUUUAAUAUUUCUACUCGCUAUGUUAAUUAGUUCUGCAUUGGUCAUCUAAUGUAAUUGGUGUUUGAAAUGACAAUGUGUCGUAUGAACAAAUUUGUAUGGA